UCUGUGUGUGUUGCUAAGACAUUGGAACGAUUAUGAAAAGAAUUCAGCAUCACCCCUGACCUCCCUCCUAAUACUCAUGCACAUGACCAUUAAAGCAGAUUGCAUGACUUAAACGUGGAAUAAGUGGGUUUAACAAGGGUUUCACUUAUAGCACACUGCUGUGGGAGCGGACUUGGGUGUUCAUUUGACACACUCCAACAUACACAACCCUGUGUGAACUGUACAGAGCCAUGGGGAAAAAUAAGCUGCCAGGAGUCCGUAAAGCUCUUGAUAUCAUUUCCCGUUCAGGGGUGUUGAGGCUCUGGAUAAAGUGUCGGAGUCCAUUGGACACAGGAAAUGGGCUCGCGAAUUGCGGCGAGGAGAACGGGAGGGUGUGCUUGCUCAUUGUUGUCAGUGUUUCCUCAGGGACCUCGGAACAACUCUUUCCCACCUGCAGGUCCUCUGGCUGGUCCGCUGCUGCCUGGCCGACUUGGAUGGGAUCCCCUCGCUCUCCUCUCUUAAGGAGCUGUACGUGGCCUACAACAACAUCUCUGACCUCAGUCAGGUCAGCAUGCUGGAAUGCCUGGAAGUGCUGGACUUGGAGGGCAACAACGUGGAUGAUCUUGUGCAGGUCCAGUACCUGGGCCUGUGCAGUCAGCUGAGGACCCUGACCCUGGAGGGGAACCCUGUCUGCACCUGCCCUCGCCCAGGGGCCUCAGAGACGGAGGAGUACAGCUACCGGUCGGUGGUGCGGGAGCUGGUCCCACAGCUGCAGUACCUGGACGACGUCCCGGUGGAGGAGGAGGAGGUGGCAGACAGCCGAGCUCCGGCCGAUGAGGACUUGGCCCUGCUGAAGGAGUCCAUUAAAGAGAAGGCCUCCAGCAGCAACCUGCAGUAUUUAGAGGACAGGGCUGCCAGUGCUUGCUCCCUCUCUAGACCCGGUUCUGCCCAGCGACCCGGUACGUCUCGCUGCCCCUCCAGUCGGCCAGGCAGCGCCAGAACUCUCUCCUCCCCAGGCUAUGGUUCCAGGCCUGGCUCAGGAGAAUCGGACCCGGCCGGUUCAGAACCUAACGCAAGCGAGUUAACACAUGGAGCAGGCCGCUUCUUGCUGUGUGGGAACCCUGUUCAGGCCCUUAGAGCUCGCAGACAGAAGACUACGUCCCAAGCACCGGCCCUCCCCUUUAACUCCUGCCUGUCGCCAGGCCAUGUUCCAGAGCACACGUAUGACACGUACGAUGCGUCGGAAGACCGAAACCGCAGUGACGUGUUCGCAGAGCUUCGCGCCUGGAGAAAAGAGCAUAACAAGCGGCUACUUUCCAUUGAAAAGGAUCGCCAGCCAGAGAUGAUGACCAUACUUCACAAUGAGGAAGACUAUGAUUACAUUAAGGACAUGGACGAAGAGGUGACAGGCCAAAGUCUAGCCAGUGAUCAAGAGGAAGAAGAAGACGAGGAGGAAAUACAAGAAAGUGGAGAUAAAACCAGCUGUAAACACUGGAGCAGCAUAGACUCACCUGAUUCCUCUUCCUUGUCUCUCUCUUCAGGUAACUCAGCCAAAUCUCCCCGAACCCAAACACUGCGAAUGAUUAAGUAUCAGGAAGAAAGAUGGGCCAAGUAA